AUGAAGUCGGUUCUCGCUUUGCUGUGUCUGGUGGCGGUUGUCGCCGCUGCACCUCGCUCGGUGCAAACCAAGUACGGAUUCCCGAGUGGACGCGUCGUCGGUGGUGUCAAUGCCCUUCCCGGCGAGUUCCCCGCGAUCGUGUCGAUUCAGCGUGUGAUCCUUGUUGUGAGCGUUCACGUCUGCGGUGGUACCGUGCUGAACAAUUUCUGGAUCUUGACGGCAGCUCACUGCAUCACUGAGAAUCCCGAAACGGCCACCUUCCAGAUCUGGGCCGGUGCUCACGAUUUCUCGGCGACGGAACCUUCCCGCCAGGUCAUCACUGUCAGCAGAACCAUUCCCCAUCCUGAAUACGUCGGUGGUGUGAACCCGUCCGAUGUCGGUCUCAUGCGUAUGGUUACCCCGCUUACCUUCACCGAUCGUGUGCAACCCACCGUCCUGCCACCGGCAUCACAGACUAAUCCAACUGGAGCGGUCACGUUGGCUGGCUGGGGCUCGACCAGUGCUGGUGUCCUCCCGACUACCCCCGACAUCCUGCAGAAGGUCACUAAGCCACUGAUAACCUUUGCCGAAUGUCUGGCGGCCGCUGGCGUUGACUCGCCCCUUGGCCCAACCAACAUCUGCACUGGCCCGCUGACCGGUGGUGUGUCCGCUUGCUCCGGUGACUCUGGUGGCCCACUGUACUCGAUCCAGAACGGCCAGCAGGUGCAGGUCGGUAUUGUAUCGUGGGGAUUUAUCCCGUGCGGAUCCGUCGGCGCCCCGUCGGUCUACGUUGGUGUGGCUAACUACCUGAACUGGAUCAACGCCGAGGCCAUCUAA